GUCCACUAUGGGUAAAACAGUCUUUUACUCAGAGACCUCCAAAAAACUAGGGUUCUUAACUUCUUUUUGAGCUUUCGUUCAUCAUCGUAUAUAAAAACAAAACCACUCUCGAUCGUCACUUUUUCCAGAAAUCUCUCACUAUCGCCAUCGAUUUUAGCAGACAUUGAAGAAGAUGGGAGUAUUCACAUUCGUAUGCAAGAAUGGAGGCGGCGCGUGGAGCGCGAAGCAACACGAAGGAGAACUUGAAUCUUCAGCUUCUUCUACCUACGAGCUCCAGCGUAAGCUCGUUCAGGUAUCUCUCUCCGCUGAUUCCUCCGGUGGCGUUCAGUCUUCGUUUUCUCUUGUCUCCCCUACCUCCGCCGUAUUCCAGGUAAUUGUUGGUGGUGGUGGUGGUGGAGGAUUCUCUGCUGGAGGAGCUGCCUCAAGUGGAGGUGGUGCGGGUGAAGCUGCAGCUGCCCCUAAGGAAGAUGAGAAGAAGAAAGAAGAAUCAGAAGAGGAAGAAGGAGACUUCGGAUUCGAUCUCUUUGGUUAAGAUUGAAAUAGUAUUUUGGAGGUGUUGGUUUGAGCUUUCCAUUUUUGUGUGGGGUGUUUCUUCCAUUGUCAAGUGUGAUAUGCUACACUGCUUUCAAUUAUAUUUCGUGAGUAAUGACAAGUUUCUCUUUCGAUCCUAUACUUUGGCUCCUCAUGUCAGAUGAAUGAAAGAAAGUCUCAAAACAGUGUUGAAAUGUGAUAAGAAUCUGUAGCUCAUGAAAUUUGAGGAAGAGGAGGCUAUUUCAGG